AUGCCACCGAAUAGUCCAAGAUGUGCGUUCGUGAAAUCUAUCAAGAAUGAAAGCAUCACAGUUUCUUAUGAUGGAGAUUCGGCACAUACGGAAGAGGUGAAAUAUGAAGAGUGUCGGCUCCCUCCUCGCACUAAUAAGUUCACUCCUGGAUCACUGAAAGUUGGUGACAUAAUAGAGGCUUUGAUAAAGCAAGAUGACGAGAAAGUUUUUGGAUGGCAAAAAGCAAGGAUAAAAGAACUUAAAGGUGAAUUGGCAGCUGUGGAAACCGUUGAAGGGCCAUCGCGUAUGGAUAUAGUGCCUUUUGAACGUCUUCGUUUAUUGCCAACAAAGAGCAACCCAAUUAAACAGAGUGAUUUUAAGCGUACGGAAAUCGCAGUGCCUGAAGAUCUACGUGAUUAUUUUAAGAGACCCGGUUCAUUUGAUGACUUCGUUCAUACCGUCAAAAACGUGUUUGUUGAAUAUGAUGAAGAAUCUGGAAAUUUACUUAUUUCUACUUAUGAAGAACAAGCAAUCAAACGAGCUGAGGUGCUUUCAUUCAUGUAUUUUAAAGAUUCACGUCAAAAGAUGCUACUACUUCAACGCCAAGAAGAGGCUGCUCGUUUACUAGAAAACGCAUCUCUUUAUUCAUCGACGCAUGUUGAGGAGUUUACUGUUCCUUUUGAAUUAAUGGGUUUGGCUAUCGGCUCUCAUGGUACAAACAUACAGGCAGCACGUAAUAUUAAAGGUGUAGAAGACAUUCAAGUGAUUGAGAAUGCCGAUGGUCAUACGCCGGUUUUGUUUAAAGUCUAUGCUGAAAGUCCUGAAGCCGCACAGUCGGCUCGUUCAAUGCUUGAAUAUGCCAUGGAGUCUUUCGACGUUCCGCGCGGAAUGGUCGGGAAAGUAAUCAGCAAAUCUGGUCGAACUAUUCAGGACAUUGUGGAUAAAUCUGGUGUUGUUCGAGUUCAAAUCGAAGGUGGUGACGGGCAAAAUAGGGCCGAUGAAAAUGCAGACGAGCCCGUCCCGUUUGUAUUUACUGGGACAAAAGAUUCCAUUGCUAUGGCACAUUUGCUUAUUGAGUACCACUUGCGUCAUUUGAAAGAAAUGGAUGAAAUGCGUGUAAGCGUUGUUGAGAUGCAGCGGCAACUUCAUUCGCGUACAACCCCUCCUCCAUCCGGUGUGAAUGGGAACGGCUAUCGCUAUGAAAGAGGUGGGCAGGACGGGUUUGCUGGUGCGCGAGGAGCACCCGUUCGAGGUCGUGGGCGUGGAGGUUCUCUUCGUGGAGCAUUUAGGCAAAAUAGAGGUAGUGGGGAGCAAGAAGAACGGCGUCGUGGGAUGGAGGAUGAUAAAGUCCCAGAAAAGGAAGAUAGUAGUGACAGAGAUAUGCGCAGAGGACCAACUGCGUCACGUACGCGAGCUGGUUCUCGGCGUGGUGGGAGUGUUUACGUUAAAAAACCAAAAAUCCUUUUCUUGUUAGUCGUUCUUCAGAGCGGUGGUGUAGUUUGCGCAAUUUCGUGA